UUCCAAUGGCAGCUGGAAAUUCUUUUACCUUGUUUUGUAUUGUCCUGUUUCUGCUGCUGCCUAUUUAAAAAUCCUUCUUUGUUUUGCAUGUCUUUGGGAUUAUGCCUGUCACCUCCAUAGCCAUUGACUCAAAAGUAUGUACUUUUUGUAUAUUGAUAAAAAAUGACAGCAACAAUGCAAUUCAACACCGUUCACCUCCUUCAUUAUACAAAAAUUCAUUUUUUCUGAAAGAAUAUAUAAACAACAAAAAUACAGCGCAACACAACAGCAACAAUCGUAGAAGCUAUGUCCACCCAAAAUUGUUAAAUAAACAAGAAGAUGAAUGCGCGUUUGACAUUGUAAAACUCGUCUGCCAUGAACCCCCAUUCAACCUUUUCUUCUUUCACUUUCCUCAUGCGUCCACACCCUGAAACCAAGGCAAACCAAUGCACCCCUGAAGUCCAAAAUCCCCAUAGAACCUAAAAGCAGCAAUUAACUCCCAUUUUCACCCUCCAUUUCCCCCGUUUAUCAAGCCUUUAACCAGAAACUUCUAACCCCAAAAGGUUAGAAUCGCAAUAAAUAUAAAGUCGUUUCUCUUCACUUUUUUUUUCUGUUCUGAUGGCGGAUAUGGUGAAGCAAAUCUUGGCAAAGCCAAUUCAGUUAGCAGACCAAGUAACGAAAGCGGCGGAUGAAGCAAGUUCGUUCAAGCAAGAGUGUGCGGAGCUUAAGUCAAAGACGGAGAAACUUGCCGGCUUACUCCGACAAGCAGCGCGUGCCAGUUCCGACCUCUACGAACGCCCUACGCGCCGUAUAAUCGAUGAUACAGAACAAGUCCUCGAUAAAGCUCUUUCGUUGGUCCUCAAAUGCCGAGGCAACGGCUUUAUGAAGCGCGUGUUUAUAAUCAUCCCUGCUGCCGCGUUCCGCAAAAUGUCUUCUCAGCUGGAGAACUCUAUCGGCAAUGUUUCCUGGCUUCUCCGUGUUUCGGCUUCGGCUGAUGAUCGCGACGAUGAGUACUUAGGCCUUCCUCCAAUCGCUGCAAACGAGCCGAUUUUAUGCCUAAUAUGGGAACAAAUCGCGAUUCUUUACACCGGUUCACUCGACGACCGGUCCGACGCGGCUACUUCGCUUGUUUCCCUAGCCAGAGACAAUGAUCGGUACGGGAAACUGAUUAUAGAAGAGGGAGGUGUUAGGCCAUUAUUGAAAUUAGUCAAAGAAGGGAAAAUGGAAGGUCAAGAAAACGCCGCCAAAGCAAUUGGCCUUCUGGGUCGGGACCUGGAAAGCGUGGAGCAUAUGAUCCACGCUGGCGUUUGCACGGUGUUUGCGAAAAUCCUCAAAGAAGGUCCAAUGAAAGUUCAAGCUGUGACGGCGUGGGCGGUGUCUGAGCUGGCUGCUAAUUACCCAAAAUGCCAAGAUUUGUUUGCUCAGCAUAACAUAAUCCGAUUGCUCGUCAGUCAUUUGGCGUUCGAAACCAUCCAAGAACACAGCAAAUAUGCAAUUGCCAGUAACAAGGCGACGUCCAUCCACGCGGUGGUUAUGGCGAGCAGUAAUAAUUCGAAUGUGAAUAACGUGAAAAACGUCAUUGACGAAGAUCACCAGAAUCCGAUUCCGCAUCCAUUGGGGAACCAAACCCCUAAUCAGAUGCAUAAUGUGGUUACGAAUACCAUGGCAAUGAAAGGUGCGACGAAAUUGCCACAAAAGCCGAGUAGUAAUCAUGUUAGGAGCAAUAGUCAGGGCAAUGCCAAGCUAAUUCAUCAAGUUUAUCAUCAUCAGCAGCAGCUGAAUGGUUCGAUUUCCGGGGCGAAUAUUAAGGGAAGGGAAUUGGAGGACACCGCUACCAAGGCUUAUAUGAAGGCGAUGGCAGCUAGAGCUUUAUGCUAUCUUGCUAAGGGGAAUUCAAGUGUCUGUCGGAGCAUUACAGAAUCCAGAGCGCUGUUAUGCUUUGCAGUUUUGUUGGAAAAAGGAACCGAUGAAGUGCAGUUGAAUUCGGCUAUGGCAUUGAUGGAGAUUGCGGCAGUGGCAGAGCAGGAUACUGAUUUGAGAAGGUCUGCAUUUAAGCCAAAUUCUCAUGCUUGUAAGCUUGUUGUGGAUCAGCUUUUCCUGAUAAUAGAGAAGGCUGAUUCGGAGUUGCUGAUACCUUGCAUAAAGGCUAUUGGUAAUUUGGCAAGGACGUUUAGAGCAACGGAAACAAGGAUGAUUUCCCCAUUGGUUAAACUUCUGGAUGAGAGGGAAGCUGAAGUUUCCAAGGAGUCUGCCACUGCUCUUACCAAAUUCGCUUGCACCAACAACUAUCUACACCUUGAUCACUCCAAGGCAAUCAUUAGUGCGGGAGGUGCAAAGCAUUUGAUUCAACUAGUGUAUUUUGGGGAACAAAUUGUGCAGCACUCAGCAUUACUUCUCCUAUGUUACAUUGCCCUCCAUGUACCGGAUAGCGAAGAACUCGCCCAAGCUGAAGUGCUGACAGUGCUGGAAUGGGCAUCCAAGCAAUCCAACAUGACCCAGGAUGAAACAGUGGACACACUUCUACAUGAAGCCAAAAGUAGAUUGGAGCUCUAUCAGUCUAGAGGUUCAAGGGGAUUCCAUUGAUUCAAUCGCUUUUCCAUUGUGAUUUAUUGUUUGGGACAACUGUACAUACAGCUAGAACUGUUCUUCCAUGAAGUAUUUUUCAGUCAUAUGCAGAAUUGUAUUGCCUUGAGUUGCAUGGCUGUUGUAAGGGUAGAAAGAAGUUCCGUGAUAUGUAGCAGGUCAUUCAUUUCAAUUUUUUGGUCUGAAAUUUUAA